AUGGUCCUGGAGCGUUACCAAUGGGUAUUCGCGGAGGCUUCACUUCGAGGCAAGAGCCUCAAUGCUUUCAUGCCCGCGUGUUCACCUUGUCCAACAUCUCACUUCGCCCUCUACUGCUACGUACCCCAACGCGACUCUAGUCUCAACACCGCACUUACGAUGCCGCUAUCCCUGUCGCCGCCCCGUUUCAAUCGUACUCCAACCGGCGUACCCUCAAUGUCCGCUUUCUCACCUCCAGGGACGCAGUAUGACACCCCCACGCGCACUCGCUCCCGUACCGUCACGGAAAGCUCCACCGAUCCAGCAGUAAUCAUCGCCGAUCUGCACGCCAAACUCGAUCACGUCACCCUUGACAACCAGGCCCUCAUGAGAGAGAAUACAGAUUUGCGCCAAACGCUAGGCGGUCGUAACGCGCUGGUUGCGGCUUUGGAGAACGAGUUGGCGAGAGAGAGGGAGAUAGCGGCUCAGGCGGAGCGGAAGGUGAGGGAGCUGAAGAUGGAGAAGGCGGGGAAGGAGAACAAGGUCGAGAGCAAAGAGGAAAUCAAGAAGGAGGGCUUCAUCGGCAAGCUGUGGCACCGCUUGAGGAAGGGCGGCGAUUGA